AUGCCUGCAGACGCCGCAAAGGGAAGUGUGAUGGACGACAGCCAUGCGGACAUUGUGUGGGUAGAGGACAAGACUGUAGCUACAGCAGCAGCUUCGCGCCCGAAGUUUGGCAACCGACAGCGGUUGUCGCUGCGGGCCGGGAGACUGGCAAGUCUGAUAACCGGCGACACGGCUCAGCUCAACAGAGAUGCCCUCGUGGAGAUGCUAUCGACUCUCCAGGAGCAGUUGGACACUCUGGCGGCCCAAGUGCGCCCGCCCACGCAGGUCCAGCUUGACUCACCAUCACCAACCUUGGCAGCUGAUUGUAGCGGUGAUGAGAACUUCAUCGCUACUCUCAUCAAUGACACCGGUGUCGGUCAGGAUAGCGCACACCCGGCCAAACAGCAGUCGCGUGGUUCAGCGCAGCACUUCUAUGGACCGACAAGUCCAGACUACAGCUUGAACGUAGCCCAGUUGAAACUCCGUCGAAACAGCUUCCCGGGCGCCCCGCUCCAGCAACGGCAGUUUCAGCUGGCCACCAUCGAUGAGGAUGCUUCGGAUGAGGACGAGGUCGCCGACACCCCCAGCCCUGCUAUGCCACCACGAGUCCUUGACCGCGAGGCCCUCGGGCGACUACUGCAGUUCCGCUCCUUUGUGGAUCUACAAGAAGCAAUUCGUCUUUUGCACGUGUAUCAAGAGGUUGUAGGAGACCUUCAUCCGCUGAUUGACCUCAACGAGGUUAUUUCCCUAGCACGGUCCUGUUAUGCAGAUCCAGAGUCUGUAGUUUGGGAUGUUUCUGCCAGGAAAUCAGGAGCUGCUUCAGACGAAAACCUUGUCAUUUUGAACCUGGCUUUGGCCAUAGCCCUCCGAGCCGAUUCUAAUCCGGAGAGUUCUUCCGUCGAAAUUCUUGUCCGAAACUGUUUUCAAGAUGCCGUCAAUACAAAACUCGGCACAGCUCCCCAUAGCAUCAGGCAUGUCACCAUCGUCCUGCUUAAUGGCUUAUAUGAAUUCUUCCAAGAUAUGCCACGCUCCGCGUGGCGCAUGUGUGGAAUUGCUGGUCACAUGCUAAUGGAGCUGGGGUUUCACAAUGGUGAAGUAUCCAAGCAUCUCUUGGAAUUGAACGCCCAGAGAGAAGAAGCUUGGAAUUUGAUCAGCUGUAUCCUCAUUAUUGAUCGCCAAUGGAGCUCUGCAACUGGGCUUCCAACACAUUUCAACAAUUCCAGCUUCAGCGCAAUUCCCAUGUCUUCCAUCAAGAACCCUCAUGUCAAGGCGAUGCAUGCCUUUAUCCUCAUCAGCGACAAAUUUAGUGAGCCUAUUGCGCAAGCUGCCAAGGGAGAAGGGUAUAGUGAUGAUGAAGCCUUCGAGCUGAUGAGCUUCCAAAUCGAACAGUGGAGGAAGAAGGCUGUUGGGGAGCAUAUACUCUCUCAGUCUGACAAGUGGCAAACCGAACCGUCGACGAAGCCUCCCACGUGGUCAAUUCUUCUGAAUCUCAGGGCUGAAUCUGUUCGUAGUUUGCUGCUCAAGCCGUUCUUCUUCUCAGAGUCUGAUCCUGGGAAAAUUACCAAACACAUCCGGCCUGCGACGGAACUGGUAUUCAAAGUCGUCAACGUUCUCUACACCCUCGAUACUACCACUGAUAUAUACCGUAAACAACACCCCAACUAUCAACAUCUAUUAGCGUCCGCGAUAGCACUUGCCUUUCUACUGGUAGCGCUUAUUGAACAACAUAGGACUGAUUUGCUGCCAAGCCUAUCUCCGGACCUCCUCGAUUCACUGAGUCGCAGUUUCGAAAUGGCGGUCGCUCUGACGGAUAACUACGUCAAGACAUCGAGGGCAGCGCGUAGACUAUCAAAAAGGUUAUGCGAGAUGAGGGGAAUCUUGCUGAACCUGGGCCUCCUCAACAGGUCGAGCUCGGGCGACGCAGCACGAAUUGAGUCUACUCAGAGAAGCACGGCCAGAACCACACAAAAGACACCCUUCUCCCAAACCACACAGCUCUUCCCAUCGUUCACCUCCCCCUUCACCACACGAGACACCAGCGUAGGUCUUGGGACGAUUUUCCCUCCUACUUCAGAUGUCGAGAUGCAGCCGAGGUCAAGUUGGACAGACUCACUCCGGUUUCAAUGGCCCGUUGGGGAUACCAGUACUAUUUUCUCAGAGGGUAUUUUCUAG